AUGUGGGCGGAUCGAUCGAAAUGCCGACAGCAUCGAUACUAGCAUGAUGGAAUGGAUGCUUUAGCUUCGUAUUUUGAGGCAUGUCUGUGCAAACGGCCGUGGCGUCGUCAUCACCCCCAAAGUGUGGCUUGUGCCAUCUUGUGGCAUCACCUUAAAAAUGUCAGAUCUACACAUGAUGCCAUCACCCCCAAACAUCGGCAGUGGGAAACGCUGUGGCAGGUCGAGGCACCAUCUGCUGACGUCAUUUGUCCGCGACGAGGAAUCUACGAUGGCCGAAUCAGAGACAAAAAAGGCAAUCAAGUUGGUUCCAGAGUAUCUUCUGAAAAAGAGGAAGGCAUACCAGGCAAUCAAAGCCACGCAAGCCAAACUCGCACUGCUCGAGAAGAGAAGGGUGACUAAAGGGAAAAUCAAGUUCAAGCGUUUGGAAGAUUUCUUAAAGGAAAGCCACACACAGCAUCGGGAUGACACCCGCAUCCAAAGGGUCAAACAGAGACCAGCUGAAUCACUGCCUCCAGCCAAGAACAAGCUUGCCUUCGCCGUCCGCAUUAGACAGACUAAAGGUGUCAGCCCUAAAGUGAUGAAAGUGAUCCAGAUGAUGAGGCUGAGGAAGAUCUUCAGUGGGAGCUUUGUCAAAGUUAACAAGACCUCCAUCGCCAUGAUGAAGAUGGUGGAGCCUUAUGUGGCGUGGGGAUUUCCCAACCUGAAGUCGGUUCGUGAGCUCAUUCUGAAGAGAGGUCAGACCAGGAUAGGCAGAAGGAGAGUUCCCCUCACAGAUAACACCUUCAUCGAGGAGCACAUGGGUAAACACGGAAUUAUCUGCUUGGAGGACCUGAUUCACGAGAUCUACUCUGUUGGGAAGAACUUUCGAGCUGCCAAUAACUUCCUAUUGCCGUUCAGGCUGUCAGUGGCUCGUCACUCCAUCAAAGACAAAGCUGGGCUCCUGAAGGACCUGGGAAACCCAGGGUACCGUGGCACAGAUAUCAAUGUAAUCAUCAGACAGCUGAACUGAGGAGGAGCACGUGCAGGAUGGACACUGGGUUGGACAUCAGUUUCAGAGACACUGUACCUGUUGAGGAACAGUUGUCACUUCUUUGGCAGAGAAGGUCUUAUUACUCGUUCUGUGGAGGCUCUUGCCUUAUCCUGUAUGAAUUAUGUUAAAAUAUUAAAGUUAACACAUACAUUAAGAUUCCUCAGGUUCUCUGAGGAACAGUCAAUACUUGCUACUUACGCAAGGUUAUUAAUGAAAUGAUCUAGGAGGGCUGUUCUCCAUGCUGAAGCCAGCAGCCCACCUGCUAUAAACUCUUAUGGGGUCUGUAACCUCCAGUGUCAAUAGGUUUAAUGUGUGCAGCAUGCUCACAAAACUGAUUGCUGUUAUUGAAGAGGGUGAUGGAUGGUAUUGAUUUAUGUUAUAAUACUUUGUUUUACAAUUAAAAAAACUAAACUAAA